AAAAAAAUAAAAAAACGAGAAAAAUUUUGUUGACAGCUACAAAGAGAAACUAGUGUCGUGCAUAAGGAAUUGAUGGUUGUUGUGUAUUGUGCAGGAUCAAUUCCUUUUUGUUAGUGUCUUCUCAUAUAUACCAACCGUGCACUCAAAACUUAAAUCCUGUUAAUAAUUCCCAAAACGUGUUCAUCUAACUAAAAGUGUUAAUUUAAAGUUCAAAUAGACCAACCUAUAGAAGAAGAAAAAAACAUGUCCUUUUCAUUUCCUUGAAAUCCUUUCAAAUAAAUAAAGUGCAUAAAAAAAGAGUAUCUCUCUCCCUCACAAAAGGAAAACAGUGUUCUUAUAAAUAUAAAAUAAAUAAAGCAGCAAAAUCCUCAAUUGAAUCUUGUUGCCUUUAAGAAACGGUAAAAGCAUCUUCUUAUUUCAUCAGCAGACAACAACAAAACAACAACAGUGACAAUGCAUUCUGCUGCUAAACAGACGGGCUUCGUGGCCCUCAUGGUUGUGCAAAUCAUUUUCCUGGCAUUAUAUUGGUGGUUCGUGCGUUACGAUAAAAGUGCAAUGCCAAUUGACAGAGAAACUGAAGCUGAAGCACAUGAACAGGAACCAUCCAAAUAUCCUCAUUUCCAAGAUAUCCAAGUAAUGAUAUUUGUUGGCUUUGGAUUUUUAAUGACAUUUUUACGUAAAUACGGUUACAGUGCCACUGGUUAUUCACUAUUUUUAGCUGCUUUGGUUGUACAAUGGGCGGUUUUGAUUAAGGGCUUUUUCGACAUGGAAGAUGGUGUAAUACAUCUUUCCUUGGAAAACAUAAUUGAUGCUGAUAUUGCUGCAGCUGUACCUUUAAUUAGCAUGGGCGCUCUAUUGGGUCGCACCACACCCAUACAAUUGUUGUUCAUGGCCUUGUUUGAGGUGGCUCUAUUCGCUGCUAAUGAAUAUGUGGCUCUACAUGUGUUUAGUGUGUGUGACGUUGGUGGCUCUAUCACUGUGCAUGCAUUUGGCGCUUACUUCGGUCUGGCUGUGAGUCUAAUGUUGCGUCCAAGCAAGGAUCAAAAUGAGCCCGGCAAAUAUGAAGGCGCCAAUUACACCUCAGAUAUAUUGGCCAUGAUUGGUACAUUAUUCUUAUGGAUCUAUUGGCCCAGCUUUAAUUCUGUAUUAGCCAAUGGUACUGGCCAAGAGCGUGCUAUUUUGAACACGUUUUUGUCAUUAGCAGCUGCAACAGUUACAACAUUUGUUUUAUCGGCACUUGUCAGCCACGAGAAUAAAUUGGACAUGGUUCAUGUGCAGAAUUCUACACUGGCAGGAGGUGUUGCUGUUGGUACUGUUUGUAAUCUACUGAUUGGUGCUCAUGGUGCAAUAUUAAUUGGUAUUAUUGCUGGCACAGUAUCGGUGUUGGGUUAUCGUUUUAUUACGCCAUUUUUAACAGCCAAAUUACGUAUACACGACACCUGUGGUGUGCAUAAUCUACACGGUAUGCCAGCCGUAAUCUCAGCCAUUGCCUCCGUCAUUUAUGCAUCUAUGGCAAAACCAGAACAAUACAAAUCGGAUUUGGGUGAUAUCUUUCCGGCAAUGUUAAGCCAACCAAAUAACGAAACAACAGUAAUAUUAGGGGGCUAUGGUCGUGAAGCAAGCAGCCAGGCUGGUUAUCAAUUGUUGGCUAUUGGUGUUACUGUUAUGGUGGCCAUUGUGGGUGGCAUAUUAGCAGGUCUGGCAUUAAAAUACACCAGCUUCCGUAAGUUGCAAAAGGAAGAACAUCAUCAGGAUGAACUCUAUUGGGAGGUGCCCCACGAACAAAAGGAUGAAUAGUAAAGUGAAGAUAAAAACUACUAUAUAACAAAUAUAUAUGUAUAUAUAGAAAUAUAUAUUUGAAAAACAAAACCAACACACACAAAAUUAAAUACAGUAAAACCUUAAAACUUGGAUUUAAUAAUAAACAACAUACAAUUUUGAAUCCUUUGCCUUUAAUGCAAGUUUUACUGUAUUUAAUGCAAUUUGCUCACCGAAAACAUUUACUCUACAUUUUGUUUAUUAUAUUAGUUUUAAUUUUGCACAAUAUGUAUUUAGUUUGUUUUGCAUUUUUCUCUUUCUUUUUCUGCCUAAAUCAAUAAAAUAUUUUCAGCUUUUUUUGCAUUAUUUUAACUUUUGUUCAUUGGAAACAAAUUUCAACAUUUUUAUUUUUGAUUUUGUAUUAUAUGUACGUAUUUAUUUAGUUUGUUGUAAAACUUUUCUUGUUUAUUAAAUUUUAUUUAAUGUUUUUGAAUGUAUUUAAUUUUAUUAUCAUCUCAAAUAUUUUAUGUAAAGCAAUAUUUCUUGAAUAAAUGUGACAUUUCUUAUAGGAAAUAAUAUGUAUUUAGAAUUGAA